AUGUGUCUUCAAGGCCAUGAUUCACGGGACAAAGAUCUAGAAGCAACCAUUUCUGACUCUGAUUCGAUGCCGAAAGAAGCAUCCCAAACAAAAACUGCUGCAGCAAAAAAGAUCAGCUCAAUCGCCGAUGCCGAUGCACAGCUGCGAGAGCGAUUAGAGAAAAUGUCAGGGGGAGGUGGUGCCGCAGGAAUUGAAUACGAAGAUGGAAAGCCUAGCGCAAUGAAACGUGGGGUUCGCAAUAACAUGUUCAGACUGAUUUAA